AUGCCGGCGACGGCGGGGCGCGUUCGCAUGCCGGCGAACAACCGCGUGCACAGCAGCGCGGCGCUGCAGACGCACGGCAUCUGGCAGAGCGCCAUCGGCUACGACCCCUACGCCCCCGAGAACAACAAGCAGCAGGCCCCCUCCUCCUCCGUCUCCGCCAACGCCGCAGCCGCGGCAGCCAACGCCGCCGCCGAAGCCGCCGCGCCUCCCUCCUCGGACCCCGGGGCCUCGUCGGAGAACGCCUACACCAGCUUCCAGGGCCUCCUCGCGCUCGCCCGCGUCACCGGAUCCAACUCCGACGAGACCCGGGGCGCCUGCAAGAAGUGCGGCCGUGUUGGCCAUCUCACUUUCCAGUGCCGCAACUUCCUUUCUGUCAAGGAGCUUGCCAUGGACGACGACAUCCAAGCUGGCAUGCUGUCCGCCGCGCAGGCCAAGGCCAAGUUCGAGGAGAUCACGAAGAAAGCCUCUGGUGCCAGAGACGCUGACGAGGAGGGUUCUGACGAGGAAGAUGAGGAUGAGAUUGACAGCGAUUCCUCUGAUUCUGAUAUUGAUCCCGAGCUGGAGAAGAUAAUUGCUGAACGGGAGCGUGCCAAGAGCCGUGGAGGGAAGCGGUCAGGGGAGGAGGACAAGAAGACAAGCCGCCAUAAGAGCAAGAGCAGGGGAAGAUCGAAGCACAGGAGGAGCAGGAAGAGUGACAGUGAGGACGAUUCGGAGGAGGAGAGAACCAAGGACAAGAAGAAGAAUAGGCGGAAGAAGCACAGAUCCUCAGAUGAGGAUAGCGAGAGUGACUCUGACAGGAAGAGGCACAUGAAGAGUAGGAAAGAUAGGAAGAGGCGGAGGACGCACCGCCGGAAGGAUGACUCAUCAGAGGAUGAUGAAUCUGGAGGGGAAGAGAGGAGGCAUCACCGCCACCAUAAGAGGCGUCAUCACCGGAGGGAUGCAUCUGGUAGUGACAGUGAUGGGAGCGAAUCCCCACAUGAAAGGAAGCGAUCCAGUAAACAGAAGAGCCACAAGAGGUCAGAAAGCCAUGGAUUGGGUGAGGAUGAGCGACAUUGUCCGCAGGGGGCAAGUCGCUCUGGAGAGAAGAGCAGGGAGCAUAAGAGGGGCUAA